AUGCAUCUGUGUAAGAAGUGUUCCGUGUUCAGGGUGGUGCUGAGCGCCCUGCUGCUCGUGGCGCUGCUGCAGCUCCUCUACCUCUCCUUCCUGUCCAAGUUUCACGGUAAGCAGCAGCGCUCCCUCUACUCCGAGCUCUUCGGAGGCUCCGCGGCCAAGAGACAUGUCCAGUCCGAGAAAAACACGCGCAAAGAGCGGCUCAGAUACUCCCUGUCCACCGGGGGGAUCUUCGACCACAGCGGCCAGUACCGGGUGUACAAACACCUGAUCAAAAGUGACUUCACCACAGACCAGAUCCCGGGCUCGAACUCGAACGUCCUGACUUUAGCCACACACACCACCAUCAACAAUCUGCAUCACCUGGAGUCUCUUCUGGAGAGGUGGCACAGCCCCCUGUCUAUAGCCAUAUUUGCACAUGGGGAAGAUGUCCAGUUUGCCACAGCUCUGGUCUUUGCCCUCAGCUUCUUCUGCCCUCAGAUCCAAGCCCUGGUGGACUUCCAUCUGGUCUGCCUGUCAGGAGAGACAGCCAGGUUCCCUGAGCAGGACCGGGAGCACUUUGCUGGACUUGAGGACUGCGCCUCUGUGUUCGCCAGGCUGGAAACCCACAGAGACAAAGCCAAGAACUAUGCCAUCAGUGGUAACGUCUCCUACCCGAACAACCUCCUUCGUAACGUCGCCCGUGGGGGUACAGAGUCCCCCUACAUCCUGGUCCUUGACAUCGACAUGGUGCCGAGCGCCGACCUGCCCCGGCAAUUCCUCGCCAUGAUCCAGAGGCGUGAGCCGGCGAGCGACGAGGUGUUCGUCCUGCCUGCGUUUGAGAUCCGCCACGCCAGGAAGGUUCCCGCCACCAAGACCCAGCUGGUGCAGUUGUACCAGGUGGGGGAGGUCCGCCCGUUCUACGAAGAGCUGUGUCCUCGUUGUCAAGCCCCCACCAACUACUCGCAGUGGGUCAACAGUCACGUGAGAGAGACGGGCACGCUGGAAGUUGCCUACACGCUCGACUGGGUCGACCCCUGGGAGCCCUUCUACAUCGGCCCUCGCACUGUGGCCCCGUACGACCAGAACUUCAAGCAGUACGGCUUCAAUCGGAUUAGCCAGGCCUGUGAGCUCCACGUGGCCGGUUACAGGUUCUCCGUGCUGAGCUCUGCCUUCGUCGUGCACCUGGGCUUUAAGCUGCAAGGAGAGUUCCACGCCAAGAAAGAGGAGGAGAACAAACAGAACCGGCUUCUGUUCCGCAGCUUUAAGGAGGGCCUAAAGAUCAAAUACCCGUCUUCUACCCGACGAUGCUGAAGAAGACAAGUCCUCUA